UCGUGGGCGGAAGUGAGUCACAUUGACGGUAAUGUUGCAUUUGCUUGCACACAAGGCGAGAAGAAGGAAGCAAUAUGUGCAGAGCACAAUAACUCCAACUCACUUCCACUCAUCAGCGCAGAGAGGCAACACACAGCCACGACAUCACACCACCGUGACCGCUUAAAACUAUUCUACUCAACGGCACCAUGAAGAGAGAGGUGAAGGCCGGAGUCAACUUCUUCAAACGUCUGGCUGUCGCAAGUGGCAAGCUUGAUGACGCAAAAGCGCAGUUGUUUGCGGAGAAGCUCCAGAAACUAUUAUUGGACAAGUUUGAGGACCACUGGUACCCAGACAGCCCAAACAAAGGACAGGCGUUCAGAUGUAUCCGGAUAAAUAAAUGGAUGCCCCAUGAUGAGGCGCUCCUUAAGGCGUGUGAGGAGUGUGAGCUCACAACCAGUGAUCUAAGUCUUCCUCCGCAGGUCACUGUGUGGAUCGACCCACUCAAGGUGUGCGCGAGAUCUGGAGAAAAUAGCCAUCCGUUCACAGUAGCCUGUUUCAGUGAUAAAGAAGAAGGCACAAAGGAAGAAAAGGCCGUGUUGAACCUAGACACUUCAGAUUAUCACUCUGCUACGUCAUCUGACUGCGGCUCUGCAGCAUCCAGCGACACAGAGGAGGAGACAAAGAGUAAGGAGAAGCAAGAAGAGCCAGAAAAAGAAAAGAUUGUCAAGAAGGCGUGGGCUAUGGGCGAAGUUAUACCACCUCUGGCCAGGACUUGGAAAGGCCGCAAAGACGCAGCAAAUAAAUUCCGAUACAGCAAAAACAUGGUUCCAGCAAACCCUCGGUAUUUCUUCCAUCCGGCACCAAUGUGGCCCCACCAGUACCAGUACCUGCCCCCAGUUUGCACACACAGAGCUCCGCCACAGCCUCAAGUCUUUGGUUUCUACGUCUUACCACAACCUCCUCCUCAUUUCAUCCUUCCUCUGGCCGCUCUUCAUUAAUGGGGUGUCGGUAAAGGGUCAAACGGCCUAACCCCACCCCCUGGUGUAGCUAACUCUGUCCAGGAGAAAAACUUUCAUUUAUUUAUCCCUUGCACAUUCUAGAUUUCCAUUUUGCAUUUUUUUUUUUUCUAAUGAAAUGUUCUCAUUACAGUUCCUGCUGAAAUUGCCAAAUCUGCACUUCUAAUGAUCACACAUUAAGAGGCUUGAAAUACCGGGUGCUUGUUCAAGCUCAGGAAAUGUCUGCAAUAUAUUUGAUGCCAAAAUAUUUUUUUCCCCCACAAAUGCUGCAGAGUAGUGGUCCACUGUGCACACAUUUCAUCAAAAUGUGAUUCAGGGUUUUAAUCUCUUGUAGUUACACUAUCUGUAUAGUAGAAUGCAUUUUAUACCUAUGAACUGUAAAUAACCAAACUGCACAACAGACUGAUCUUAAUGGUUUAUUUUUGCUGUUUUCUUGUUAAAUUGUAUUUGGCCACAUGUGAACUGUGAUAGAACACAUUACAGACUGUAUAGUUUUUCAUUGACCAAAGCUGCUUUAUACUGUAUUGCUAAUUUAACUCGGAUAAUAUGCAGGUUUUAUUAUUCUGCCAGCGUAAUGUGUAUCACUAUUGUUAUUUUUACUGUAAAUUAUUACCCUAGCAAUUUAAUUAUUCCUGCCCUUUAGUCUUGAUAUAAAAAGGCACUACUGAAUUUCAUGUACUGUUAUUUAAUUUUUUGUAUAUAUUGUAUUUACUGUCUAUACAGUAAAGUAUUUGCUUUGUUUCAGAUGAAUCUGUUAUUGUUCUAUAUGGCAGUUUCCAUCUUCAAAUAUUAAAUCAAUUCUGAAAAAGUU